AUGACUGAUAAAACAUGCAAGAUCAUAUGCUAUGACGACUGCAUCCUGUACCACGAAAAAGAGGACAUAGCGAAUUGUUUGGGUAACCGGGAGGCGUUGGAGUGUUUGUACGAGUGGUGGGAGGGGUACGAGACGUUGGCGCGAGGUUGUGACGAGUCGAAUUCGGGGUACUAUGUGAUGGUUUUGGAUGAGGACCCGCGUUUAGGAUUAGAGGCGUCAAUGGCGAGUCGUGGAAUGCUGUGGGUGGAGGUCGACUUGUUAACUAACGUGGAGAAGCCCGGGAAUGCGGAUUGCGUGAACGGUAGUCCAGCGUUUGUCAGUGUUUGGCCAUACUCAAGUCUCAAUUGGGACGCCUAUACCAACCGUUGUCUCAUGCCGGAUGGUACUGCCGUUGCGCACUACGAAGCCGGUUAUUCUAUCAUGGAUCAGGGGCUCAAACUCCCCCUCGUCCGCCAUGACUACUCCUACACUAUUGGAGCUAACUUGACCGAAAUGUUCAAGCGCGUCAGCAACGUCAUGGAAGGUGGACAGGCACUCGUCUUCCAGGCCAAUCAGUGCUGGGGGUCCUUCAGACGUGCACCCGGCCUCGCCGGCUUGGUCGUCCAACACCAUAGGCCACUCACUGAUUUCACACAAUUCCUACCUGAUUAUUAUUACUGA